AUGGCGUUUACGAAGCUAUCAUCAGCGAUGAAACCGAUAUUCGACCGGAUUGUGGAAGCAAAAGAGACUGCAUCCAAACAUCUGUCGCUAUUUCUCAUUCAUUUGUGGAUCUACGCAUUGAUCGGAUUCUCGAUUGCUUUCAUUUCAUUGAGCUACUCACACUCUGCUUGUUUUUCCAUGAUCUCCUCCGCACAUCUCUUCAAUUUGCAUUUUGCAUUCAAUGGAUCCAUAUUCCUCGGCGCGGUGUUCCAUUCAAAUCUCUCUCGACGUCUUCCACUCAAAUACGUCUUCAUCACCUGCCUCGUCUUGAUCUGCGCUUGUUAUUCCUCUCUUCCACAUGCUGGAAAUGUUAUCUUGCUCCUUUGUAUCGUGUUUAUCGUCUUUGGCACCGUUUUGGGAAUAUCGUUAUCGGCUGUGACGUCCAACUUUGGAGUCCUUCUCCACCUCACCGGUGCCAUCGGAGCUGUUGUUGCAAUCACAUUCUACCAAUCGGCUCCUUCUACUCAUCAGGAUGAUUGUAAUUCGAAAAGAAACCCAGUUCUUCGAACGGGACCUCACAUUCCUAGUCUCGAAAAGUUCUACCUGAACCCUUCUCUCCGACAGGAUUACAUUUACUAUGCAACUGCAAUUCUACAAAUCCCUCUGAUUCUAAUUUGCUGGAGAACGGAAUUCAACGUUUUGAUGAAGACAUCGAUUUCAAUCAGAAGAACCGAAUACGACGACAUUGAACACAAUAACAAUAAUCUCCAUCAGGAGAACUGCCACACCAAUAACACAUUUACUUUGCUCUCCGGACAUUGCUCAGGACACCUGAUCUUUCCUCUCUUAUUAACUUUUACAACCUCGACGAAUUCGAGACUUUUUAUUGCGUUCAACUUUGUGGCAAUCGUCAUUUUGGUUAUCAUUCUAGUCUCAAUUUUGAGUCUUCAUGCUCAAAUUGAGAGGAUGCAAGCAUCUCAAAGUGGUUUGAAUCUUUUCGUCUCUCGUUUCCUGUCAGGAGAAUCUCUGCUCAAAAGAACUCGAUCUAUUCGUCCUCUCAUUUCACGUCUCCGUCCAAAUUCAUACAGAAGAUUCGCCAAUCGACGUGGUCUAAACACAAGAAGUCCAUCACCAGCAGUUCCUCAUUCUACGGAAGUCUCCGUCGGAACAGAUGAACUGAGCAGAUUAAAUGAGCCAAAAGAGAUUCGGUCAGGGUCAAUGCUGAUGCCUACGAGAGUUUGA